CCCUCGUCGCUGCGCCCUUUCCACCAUCUCCGCCGUGACUAGCAUUGCCCGCAGUGUCUGCAUCUCAAACACUGCCUCUGGUACCCAUUAAUCAGCGCCGUAUGAUCCGGUUAGAGAAUUUUGCCCCCCGGCCAGUCAUAAAGGCCGUGACUCCAACCGCGCUACCGUUUCCCACACUUACCCCCACCUAUUAAUCGCCUUUUAUUCCUCCCCUCUCCUCUCGCCUCCCUCCGCCCCUCUGACUGCAAUAACGCUCAAGUCCUCGAAAACAGCGGCAGAUAUGGCGUCGCAAGUGCCUACUCAGGCGAAUAUCCAGUCCACACAUCCUUUUACCUGCAACACAUGUCAGGUCGCUUUCCGGUCCAGCGAGUUGCAGCGGGCACAUAUGCAAACCGACUGGCAUCGCUACAACCUCAAGCGCCGCGUUGCCUCCCUCCCUCCUCUGUCCUCCGAAAUCUUCACCGAGAAGGUCCUCGCCAACAAAGCCAGCGCUGCCGCCACUGCCGCCAAGGCUUCAUUUGAAAAGUCGUGCUCCGCAUGCCAGAAAACAUACUUUAGCGAGAAUGCCUACAACAACCAUCUCAACAGCCAAAAGCACCGUAUGAAUGUGGCAAAAUCCGCAAAGGGUGCGCACUUGGAUGACUCUGCGUCCGUGACCGGUUCCAUGGUCAGCUCUGCCUUUUCUCUCGGAGAGUCAAUGGCCGAGUCCGAGGCUACUAUCAAUGGUGAUGCGGAUACUGAAAUAUCUGAUCUCGCCCAUGUUGUAAAGAAGACUACCCUCAACGGUGAGGCACUCGCGUCAGAAGAUUCUGCCGAAGCCCAAGAUGAUAAGAGCUCAGUCGCUGCCUCUACCAAGCCUGCUACUGAACCUCUACUUGACUGCCUGUUCUGCAACUACAAGUCUCCCAGUUUCCAGCUCAACGUCACGCACAUGAGUCGAUUCCACGGCAUGUUCAUACCCGAGAAGGAAUUCCUUGUCCAACCGGAAGAGCUGAUUAAGUACCUACAUGAGAAGGUGCAUGUCUACCACGAGUGCUUGAAGUGCCACAAGGUACUCCACACUGCUUCUGGCAUCCAAACACACAUGCGCGACCGCGGUCACUGCAUGAUUGCCUUCGAAACUGAAUUAGAGCUUGUUGAGAUUGGCGAGUUCUACGACUUCCGAAGUUCGUACCCAGACGCCGCCGCUUUCAAUGAGAGGGAACAGGAGGCUGAGGAUUCAGACGACUCUUCGUCAACCACAGGAGGUGGAAUCAAGCUUGGAGCGAGACGCGAGACCAAGACAACCACCGAAGAUGAUGCCGCCAUGUCUAGCAAUGCUGAAGAAGACGAGGGCUGGGAAACCGAUAGCACCGUUUCGAGUGUGCCCACCGAUGAAAUCACAGCUGUCCCCAUCGACCGCAGCCACCGCCACAAGUCCCUCAGCAAGUCCAAGCACCAUAGCCAUACCGAUCCGCGUCCGCAUCGCGCAGCAGACGGCUUCCACUCACAUGCCCACCACACCCCUCAGGCUGUCUACUAUGACGACUACGAGCUGCACCUGCCUUCCGGCCGCACCGCUGGCCACCGAUCCCUCAACAAGUACUACCGCCAGAACCUCCGCAACUACCCCGGCGUAGCCGAGCGCAUGGAAGAAGCUCAGCGCCGCGCUAUCCCCGGCGCCCUUCCCGCCCCCGAAGACCAAGACGGCGACACCAACAUGGACGCCGAUCAGCAAGUCCAACUCCGUGGCCGCGGCCACGACGUCAAGCGCCAGCUCAUCUCGUCUCGCAACAACGGGCUGCACGGCAUGACAGGCGUCACGGACGCGAAGAAGAAGGAAGUCGAAGCUGUGGAAAAACGCGACCGUCAGAAGGAGCAGCGCGCAAGGAACAGAUACCAGGCUGGCAAUGAGCGGAGGAAUAACCACCAGAAGCAUUUCCGUGAUCCGCUACUGCAGUAGUUGGCGUCGGUUUCCUUUGAGGGUCUGCGACUUUGGCUUCUUUUCUUUUAUUAUGCGGGUUUGGUCACGAGUUAUGAGCAUGAUUGGCGUUUUUGAUGGACUCUUGAUUUCAGUGUAAAAGCGGGGAGGAAAGAGAACUACAGACUAGCUGGCCGGUUGGGCAGAAGGAAUUAGGCUGGGUGUGUAGCUUGUAUUGCUAGUGCUGUAGAGCAUUUUUGCUCCCCUCCCCCCUUUGGGAGCUUUGAACGUACUGAUGUCACUUUCCAAUGGCACGUAUCUUUCUCACAACUUGUUCUCCAAUCCUGAAAUUGCCAUUAUAGGUCCCAUGCAACGGAUGUAGAUUGUAUCAAGCCACGAGUUUUACUAUGGAGGAUACGAGCAACCUUCACCUUUAUCUGCAAUCUUUGAUGGACAA